UUAUGUAAGCACUUUGUUGAUCUGUGCGCAACCCUGGCCACAACAGCGCUUGCUCUUGCACUCAGCCCAUACUCAACUUUAUGGCUCGUUCCGCUUCAUUAGUUUCUGACAGCGAAGGCAAACCCGAAGAUGCUCCUGCGCCGGAUGAUGAUGAUGUUGUGAAAAGUGUGGACAUGAAUGGAGAUGAGGGUGAAAACGACGAAGAGGAAGAGGAAUUCGAAAUAGAAGAAAUCCUCAAACACAAUAAGGGUCAAUUUCCUGAAGGAAGAACCGGCUACUACGUGAAGUGGAAAAAUUAUGGUUCAGAACACAACAGCUGGGUUGACGAAACGGAUGCCGGCAAUGCCCAGGAACUGAUUGAUACAUACUGGGCAAAGAAAAAUGCCAAAAAUGCCAAAAAUUCCAUUUCCGCGCGCAAAGGCCGUAAAUCCGUGGCCACUGCAAGUCCGGAACCAUCUAAAAAACGUCGCAAGUCGGUCAAAGACGAUGAACAAGAUGAGGAACUUCAAAGCUCAAAGAAGAAAAGAGUUGCCAGAAAGAAAUCGGAGACUGUCGAGCCAGAGUCAGUACAGGAAGAUGACGCGGAAGAUUCGGUAGCUACUGAGAGCUACAUGCAACGGUACAUGAAGCAGGCGAAUUGGGAAAAACUGAUUGCCAGAGUCGACACUGUCGAAAAGCCGAAUGAGUCUGAUGGACUGGUCGUUUAUUUCCGACUUAAAAAAGACAACAAGCGCGUUCGUCUACCGGCCAAAACCUGCAACGAAAAAUUCCCUCAAUUGAUGAUCGGAUUCUAUGAGUCCAACCUGAAGUGGAAAGAGACCGAAAUGGAUGUCGACAGUGAACCUGCUUCGUGAUUUUUUGCAUCCGCUUGUUCUAUGCGGUACUCUACCAUUUGACUAUCUAAGAUUAUUUUUCCCUUACCCUACCUCCAAGUCAUCGUUUCACCUUCCUUCCAUCGUUUCACCUUCCUUCCUUACGCUCCAGAAGUCUUGUGCCUACCAUU